GCUGGGAUAGGCUCCAGCGCCCCCGUGACCCUAAUGAGGAUAAGCGGUAUUGCAAAUGGAUAGAUGGAUGGAUGGUUGGGAGUGCAGGAUCUAGUGGACGAAAUUGAAAAGAGGAGAGGGUUAUGACAAGGCUAAGGAAUGGCCAUACUGGUCUUAAUAGUUCCCUCUAUGUUAUUAAAAAACAUAAUAAUGGAAAGUGAGACUUCUGUGAAGAAGAAGAAACGGUGGACCAUGUGUUAUUGUUCUGUCAGAGGUAGUCAGCGAGAGACAUUUUUUUAAAGGGGCUAAGAGAGAUGGGAGAGGGAAAUAUAAUGAAUGUACUAAAGAAAAGCUUUAGUGAUGAAUGCUGGAAAAUUAUUCUGGAAUAUUUAGAGGCAAAAAGACUAAUGAGUAGAAUCUGAUAAUUGAUUUUAAUUUUACGUUUGUUUGUUUGUUUUUCGUAUAAGAGAUGUGCUUUCCUUAAAUCCACACUCCAGAUUAGUGGUUGGCGGUAAUGCACCCGAAAGCUGUUUGCCAACCGCCAUAAAAAGCAGAAGAAGAAGAAGAAGAAGAACAACAACAAGAUACGUGACGAAUAGCUGGCACAAGGAGGCGGACUGCAGCCGCAGCGCUCGUGGGAAGUAUUGGAUUGUGGGUAAUUGUGUUUCCUGGUCGACUGAGGGAGUUGGCCAGCUGCUGAAGGGAAGUUUUGACAUAGUUUGAUAGUUUUCUGUAUCUAACGUUACUAGUUUUAUUUGACGUUGUACUUCACCGGAAACAAAUUCCCCGCGCGUGCCUUUCACCUGUCAACUCCAUCGAGUGCCAGCCUGUAAAUCAGUCCGGGUUCAUAACUCCAUAUUUAUAAAAGUAAGAAACUAGUAAAUUGCGGCAGCUUUCGGAAUGAGCUUGAACGAGCACUCCCUUCAGGCUCUGUCAUGGAGAAAACUGUACUUGAGUCGAGCCAAGCUCAAAGCCACCAGUCGCACUUCAGCGCUGUUGUCCGGAUUCGCGAUGGUUGCCAUGGUGGAGGUACAGCUGGAGCCGGAAUUUACGUAUCCUCCAGGGCUGCUGAUAGCCUUCAGUGCCUGCACUACAGUUCUGGUUGCAGUACACCUCUUCGCCCUCAUGAUCAGCACCUGCAUCCUUCCUAAUCUUGAGGCUGUCAGCAAUGUUCACAACCUCAACUCCGUCCAUGAGUCUCCCCACGAGCGCAUGCACCACCACAUAGAAUUGGCCUGGGCUUUCUCCACAGUCAUCGGCACCCUCCUCUUCCUGACAGAGGUGAUGCUCUUGUGCUGGGUGAAGUUCUUACCCCUCAAAAGCAAAGACAACAACGGCAGAUUAAGUUCUGGUCAGGCCGCAGCCAUUGCUUCCACCUGCAUCAUGGUGCCGUUUGGACUUGUUUUCAUCAUGUUCGCCAUCCACUUUUACCGCACACUCGUCAGUCACAAAACGGACCGCCAGAUCAAAGAGCUGGAACAGGUCAUUCAGCUCCAGAACCAGCUGGACCACAGGGGUGAGAAUGACGACCUUAAGACCACCAUCCAUUUCCCUUGAUUAUAGCCCGCUAGCACACAACUGCAGCGGACAUUCAACAUCGCCAUUAUUGUGAAAUCUCUUAUAAAAGCUUUAUUCUUCAUGUUUAUGAACUGUGCUCCCAUGUUUAUUUGGAGAGAGAAAGUGCACGUGUGAUCUGUCGACUUUUGUUGAGUUCAAUACAGUCAACUUUUAGAUGAUGUAUUUUCACAAACUUCUAGACAUUAAACAUCAGCAAACUAGUUUUUACCUUGAGGGUACAUCUUUUGUUCUUAGGCCUUCACAUGUCAGUGGCUUGUAUGAUGACAAAUAUGAUGACGUAUUGUAAUAUUACAUAUUUUAGGGCUAAAGCCAUUUUAGGACUUCACAGGUGCACUUGAGUGUUCUAUUAUAGGAAUUAGAGUGAGUCCCAUUUUUCUGUUUUUUAUUAAGUUAAAUACAACACAGAUCUAAUGAAAAAUGGGUUGUUGUGUAGUUAUUACCAACAGACAACAUGACUUUGUAUUACCAACGCUAGGAUAAUAUGGGUAGAAUCCACAUCCGAUGAAAACAAUCACAAUGGCUAAAUUACAGAUGCACUUCCUUGUUUGAAUAUGAUUGGAUAUUAAUGUAAAGGAAGUCUGCACGGAAGCCUGUUUUAUGUUCAGGUGGACAAAUUCAUUCAUAUGUAGUUUGCUGCUCUAUUUGAGCUGUCAAACCCACGGUUUAUUCUGUGCUGCUGAUGGCACACAGUAAAAAUCUCCUCAACUGCAGCAUCCACCUGUGGCCUUCUGUCCCAUGGUGGAUUGUAUUGAUUUCUUCCGUUUGCCUGGUUUUAAAUUAGGCCUAGUAGGGAGCCAUACCAAGCCUUUGUUAUCAAGACAGAUGGACGACCCACUCUUCCCACAGAGCCACACCUUACAUUUUCAUGUAAUACUGAAAUGUCAUAUAUUCACAUGGCUGGCUUAAUGCACUUAAACCAAAAUUAAGGAACAAGAACCAAACAUUAUAGUGCUAUUGCUGUUUGUUUUUUUAUACAUACACGCUCAUACUCCCUGGACUGAAAGGUUUCUUUUAGGAACUUUUUAACUACGCCUUUCUUGUUUUGCUCCAAUUAAGAUUGGAGCAAAACAUUGUUUUGGGCUUCCAAAAAACAAAUGGAAUGUAUCAAUCCUACAGGAGAGGCAAGAUAAGACUUCUUACAGAGUGCUUAUAACCAAAGUGUCUUACUGCAGUGCAAAUAUUUCUAUAACGAGUGACAACGAAAAUGAGUUAUUAAGGGCAGCGUUUUGAGCCUGAUGGUGAAGUCUGUGCACUCUUGUAAAAUCAAUCUCUGGUCAAAAAGAAAAGUAAACAAGACACAUUUUCUCUAUUUCACGUUGCUUUUGUGAGUGAAAAAAUAUUACUGGCUUUACAGAAGUAUUGUUGAAUGUAUUAUCGCAAAGCACGCACGUAUUGGAAAUGCAGGUUUUGUAUGUUUUGUACUGUUCAUAGUUUACAAGCUUGAGCGUGUUAGCACGUUGUUUGCGUUACAGAUUGUCUAAGUGUGAAAUAUAGGAUGUGUUUUUGUCCUGCGGCACAUUGUUGAAUAGUUUGGGGUUUGACCAUUUUCUUUACUUUUCUUAAUCAUCUUUAUUGCAAACUUGUUCAAGCUCAAGUGAGGAAAUAUGCAAAUAUAUAGAGCAAAUUCCUUGUUAUCAGUUAUUCUCUCAAUGGUGUUAUGACAACAUUUUCACAAUAUAUCAUAUAGUUGUAAAAUCCUGUAAUUAUAUCAAGAUAAUGCUGUGGUCCUUGUUAUAUUUGUAUCAUUCACAUCCUACACAUGCUCAGUCAUUGUUAUGCACAAGCUCCAAAAUAAGGAGCCGUACGGGGUUUGUCCCUACAAACUGUUUAUAAAAUGAUCGUUACACUUAUGCAAAGCACUGUUGAUGACAGAAAGACUUUUCCCAAGGAAUGAAAUGAAGAUUGUUACAUUCAUGUGAACUGCACACACUCUUGGACACGUCUGAUAGGAAUUGCCUUAUUUAGAAAGAGAUCAAUGCAAAUGAAGGCAUGUUUCUUUGGUUCAUUCAUUUGUGGUUGAUUUAUAUGUUUGUAUGUUAAUGUGAAUAGAGAGAUCCCACUGCUUGUCAAUGCACAGCUUUAAUUUUUUUCUGAAAUACUGUAUUCUAAGUUUUCCUUAUGUGUGGUGUUUUACUGUAACCUUAUAAGAUCAAGCCUUGUUGUGGUUGUUACUGGUUUUGAGAAUAAAACAAAUCUGAGAUCA